GCCGCGCCUGCGUAGUGCAGCGGGGCGGCAGUCGGGGUCACCCUGAGCUGCGGACGGUGCGGCAAUGCUGAGCCGGUUCCUGGGCCCGCGCUACCGCGAGCUGGCCAGAUACUGGAUGCCCACGGCAGGCAUGUGGGGCGCCGUGGGCACCGUGGGGCUGGUGUGGGCCACGGACUGGCGGCUCAUUCUGGACUGGGUGCCCUACAUCAACGGCAAGUUUAAGAAGGACAAUUAAACCGGCUGCCCUCGGACCCCUCCGCCGUCUGCUGCUGCCGUCUCCUUCCCUGGGAGCCCCUGCGGUGCCCGGACCAGCCCACGCCCUCAGCACGGGCCUUGAGGAAAGUGACAGCGUGACGGAGGGCUGUGUUUCUGACGGUAGCUUUCUUGUCUGAAUGCACACAGCAUUAAACUUGCUCUGAAACCUGG